CAGUGACCAGUUCAGCUGACAACCUGAGUGAAUUAACUGGAACAUUCUAGAGAGAGAGACAACCAUUAAAGCCCGACUGGAUACCCCAGGGAGCUUUUAGACCGGGUCGUCGCACAUUUUGGAGUCGGGGGUGUUUGGGAAGGCCACGUGUACAGGAACUGGAGUCUGACAGCCUGCCUGGAAACCACUGCGGCUCUGUUUGACUCGGACGUCAAGCUAUCGCUAGCCAGCUGAGGCAAUCAUGACUGUUUGGAGGAAACUGUGGUGCAGACACCUCCUGGCAGUGUCUCUGCUUUUCUAUUUCCUGCUCCACACCAUGGAUGUGCACGCACGGCCAGCCAACAUGUCAAAGUCUCCAGCCAGCAAGGACGACAACGAGAUUCUCCCCGCAGACCAUCUGAAUGGAGUGAAGAUGGAGAUGGACGGCCACCUCAAUAAGGAUUUCCACCAGGAGGUUUUCCUGGGUAAAGAGAUUGAGGAGUUUGAGGAGGACUCUGAGCCAAGGAGGAACAGGAAGAAGCUGAUUGACAUUUUUACGAAAGUUGAUUUCAACAAGGACAAGAGUGUAAGCGCCAAGGAGAUGCAGCGCUGGAUUAUGGAGAAAACCGAGGAGCACUUUCAGGAGGCCAUGAUCGAGAACAAGAACAGUUUCCGCGCUGUUGACCCAGACCGUGACGGUCAUGUGACAUGGGAUGAAUACAGAGUUAAAUUUCUGGCCAGCAAAGGUUUCAAUGAAAAGGAAAUUGUUGAGAAAAUAAAGAAUAAUGAAGAUCUGAAACUGGAUGAGGAAACUCAGGAGGUUCUGGAAAGCCUGAAGGACCGCUGGUUUCAGGCCGACAACCCUCCAGCCGACCAGCUGCUGAAUGAGCAGGAGUUCCUGUCUUUCCUUCAUCCCGAGCACAGCAGAGGCAUGCUCAAAUACAUGGUCAAGGAGAUUGUGCGCGACUUGGACCAGGAUGGUGACAAGAGAUUGACGUUGUCGGAGUUCAUCUCUCUGCCUGUGGGCACCGUGGAGAACCAGCAGGCGCAGGACAUCGAUGAUGACUGGGUUCGAGAGAGGAAGACGGAGUUUGAAGACGUCAUUGAUCUAGACCGUGAUGGCAUCGUAACCAUGGACGAGUUGGAGGAGUACAUGGAUCCAAUGAACGAGCACAACGCUUUGAACGAGGCCAAGCAGAUGAUCGCCGUCGCCGAUGAAAACCAGAAUCAUAAUUUGGAGCUGGACGAGAUUCUUAAGUAUAGCGAAUACUUCACGGGCAGCAAGCUCAUGGAUUAUGCCAGAAAUGUUCACGAGGAGUUCUGAGGCCAUACUUUCCCUCAGUCCUCUCGGCAAAGCAGGGCGGCAUCCUCCAUCUGCGCCAGGGACAAGCUAGACGAGGGGGGGGCGGGACUAACGAUAAGAUGUUCCAGUGUGCAAUUCUGUGUUUUUAAAGCCUCAACAGCCUCUUUCACUGCUGACGCCGAUUUAAAACAUCCGUCCUUCAACCCUGGACUGAUGGCCAGCCAUCAACGUUAACAUGAUCUGCCUUCUUUGUGCAAUUGGACUGUUGGGAUGUUCAGCUCCAAAUGUAUGUGUGUGAUAUUGUGAAAUGUGUGUAUAUGAGGAAUUUCAACCCCGACUAUAGAGUGUCGUUCCCGGUGCAGCGGUGACGUCACCUUUUGUUCUGCAGGAUCUGUCUUUUUAGCUGGCGUUUUAUGUAUACAGUGUAAAUAUAUAUUAAUUGUCCCAUACCAAUGCCUCUGGCAAGAGAUACAAGCUGAUAAAUUAUAUUAAAUGCUGCUACAAGAAGAAGAAAAUAUCCUUUUAGAGAUAUAUAAUUAUAUGGUGACGCACACCCGAUUUCGCCCAAAUUAAAAGGUGAUUUAGUCUUUCGUUGCGUACACUCCCACUUUCUGUUUAUAGAGACUAUCCGUCCGACUUACAACUGGGUAACAAAUAGUAGAAGCAUAAAAUGGGCAUUGAUCUUUCUUUAACAAUUAUUAUAUGAGAACAAUGUGCCUUUUCCCCCUGCAGACAUUUUGACUUAUUGAAGGAAAAGCACAGGUGUGAGCGUACUUCACCUGUCAAGUCCAAACGUCUCCUCUGUAAAGGCAAAUUGUUCUGAUCUCUUAUUUAUUUGACUAGUAUCAUUUGGAUCGGCUGCAUCUCUGAACUUUGUGUUUUUGGCUAAUUGCUGUCAGACGGUGGUCUUUGUGUGACGGCUCGCUCUUCAUCGUAUUUACCUGUAAUCAUGGACAAACAACGGCAUAACAUUCCCUACAUCUGUGGACUGUUUGAAUCCUGCUCCAGUCUUGGAUUGUAAAAUAAGAUUUAAGAUAACAAUGUGACACAGCUUUAUAAAAUGUAUUGCAAAAGUACUGGGAAUAAAUAUUUCUUAGCAAUUAAUUAGCACCUGGGUUCUUGGUCUUAAGUGUUAUUUUCAGGGAUGCAAAUAAUUACUUCAAAUACAGAUUAAUCACUAAAUCAACAAAAUAGAUGGGAUGUAGGAACAAGAAUCACAUUUGAUUUAUUUAAAUCUAAUUAACUGCUUUAUAUGUGGGUGGUAAAUAAUGAAUAUAUUAUUUAUUAGUUUUGUAUUAAUCUAAAUCUGUAAUUGUAAAUUGUCAAAUACAUGUUAAAUAAAAAACUAAAGUUUCUUCAUGAAAUAUAGUGGAUAACCUCCAGUGCAGUACAAAUAACGUGUGGUAAGAUGGGGAAAUAAAACUGUCACAAUACGUCCAAUCAAAUGCCCCUUAAUUAAAUAAAAUAACUCCAGAUAACAGAACUAGAAGGGAUUUGGCUGAAGGUCGAAUACGAGUGGAAAUAGAAGCCAGGAGACUUAUCUUAAAGACAAAGAAGUCUACGGCUAACGCCAAGAAGUUUCAUCCAAGUUUUUCUUUUCUUUAGCAAACUGGAUGAGACUGGUGGCCUCCUAGCCACUCCUCUCUCGUUGACCCACAUGCAUCCUUUCUUUUGUUAGUCUCCUUUAUCACCUCGGCUUCCUUUCCUGUCGAGGUCAAAGAGGGAAAAUCUUUACUGGUUCUUUUGACCGUUUGUCUUCUGAUAGUAACGCACGUUUAAACUAAAUUGUGCCAGUUGACUUGGAAACUUCAAUC